AUGGCCACACACCGCUUCGACCCCAAUUUCACCGACAAUGUCAUCAACGCGAUGGGUCCGAAGACCACGCCGCGCAUGCGCAAGCUCAUGGCCGGUCUGAUUAGGCACAUGCAUGAUUAUGCGCGCGAGGAGGAGCUCACUGUUGAUGAGUGGAUGGCUGGUGUGCAGAUGCUUAAUUGGGCUGGACGGAUGAGCGACGACAAGCGCAAUGAGGGGCAGUUGGUGUGUGAUGUAUUUGGUCUGGAGACACUGGUUGAUGAAAUUACAUUUACGCUUGCUGAGGAGGCUAAGGAUGCGCCGACGGCGACUGCUAUCCUGGGACCCUUCUUCCGCGCCGAUACCCCGUGGCGCGAACUCGGCGAGGAUAUUGUGAAGACGAGGCCUGAUGAUGCUGAAUUGGUGUUUAUGCAUGGUCAGGUUUUGGACUUUAAGACCAAGCAGCCACUGGUUGGUGCUUCGGUUGAAGUUUGGCAGGCCUCUACGAACGGAUUGUAUGAGCAGCAGGACUCCGAGCAGGUCGAGUUCAAUCUGCGCGGCAAGUUCAAGACGAAUGAGGAGGGCAAGUACUGGUUCUACUGCUUGCGCCCGACCCCGUACCCGGUUCCCAACGAUGGUCCUGCUGGCAAGAUCCUGGAAUUGAUGGAUCGUCAUCCUUUCCGUCCAGCUCAUAUUCACAUCCUUGCUACCAAGGAAGACUACCGUCCUUUGACGACACAAAUCUUCGACCGCAAGGACAAGUAUCUUGACAACGACUCGGUGUUUGCUGUUAAGGACUCCCUGGUGGUGGACUUUGUGUCGCGCAAGGGAGACCCUCAAGCCGAGCUCGAGCUCGAAUAUGAUAUCAAAUUGGUGCAGGAUGCACCAAAGGCCAAUGGCGCCUAA